CACACCAUGCCACAAAGUGCAGAACUUGUGAAAAGGACAAAUGGGACAUUUAAAUCCAGACUUAAAAAGUGCAUGGAAGAAACAAAGAGACCAUGGCCAGAGUGUCUGGACUUAGUAAAACUGUACAUGAGAAUAACUCCAACGAGCAGUGGUUUGACUCAGUUUGAAAUAAUAUAUGGCAGACCAUAUAAAUUACCACUGUUCACAAUACAGACACCACCUGAUGAGGAAGACAAAACUCUAGCAGACUAUAUGAGAGAAAUGUUGCAGUCUAAAAAAAGUGUCCAAUGCAAAUUCACUGCCAGAAGAACCUUUGUCUCCACAGGAUCCACAAGCAGUGAGACCAGGAGACUGGGUGUUCAUCAAAAUCAUCAGAAGGAAGGACUAGGCGAGCCAAAGUUGGGAAGGACCAUUCCAAGAGCUCCUGACCAUGCCAACAGCUGUAAUGAUCGCUGAAAGACCUUCCUGGGUUCACCUCAGCCACUGGCCACUCGUCUCAACGUCGGUGAAGAAACCAGCUGAUCCCUGUUCUUUAGAAUCCUGGGUAAAAUUAACAUCUCUGCUAACCUAGCAAAAAUGGAGUUCCCAUGCAGAAGGGGUUUCUUCUUUUUCGUUGUGGCUGUUGCGUGCAUUAUUUGUUUCAGUCCAGAUCCAAAGAAUGAGAGGAAAAAGAGGUUCAUCCACUCAACUGCCAUGAAGAUUUGGCUAGGUGAUAUCCCAAACCACCAUGUUGACAACUUAUGGGAAACGUAUGCAAGAACUGUAAUCCAGCAGCAUAACAAGACUGAUUGCUACGUGUGUUCUGUCAUGCCUAAAUCUACCAAGCAGCCUACCUUGUACAUAACUCCCAUGAACACCUCACAGGCUAUUUGUUUUGCAUUCCAGUUUAUGCCUGCUCAGUUAAUGAAUGCCACAACUGGGGAGAUUAUGAUGGAACAAGUGUGCAAAGGAGUAAAGUCAUCACUGUUCUCUUACAGUGAUGUCACAGGCUAUCCCACCAAGAUGAAGGCUGUUAUGUCUAAAGGAAUGAAACAUCCAGUGUGUAUUCACUCACCUAGAGGGAACGAUACGGUGAAAGUAGGACAUGCAGCAGGAUGCCAGAGUACCAUCACUGACCUUUACUCUGACUCUGUCUUCGGCAUCCUCCCUAAUAGAACGUACACCAGCUGUUCUACUUGGAAACCACAAGGUAACUUUCCUACAGAGGGUGGCUGGUUCCUGUGUGGAGGAGACAGCAUUUACCCAUCCCUGCCCCUCAGCUGGUCAGGUACAUGUGCACCUGUGUUUGUUUCUGACCACACUGUUAUCAUCUCAGCUCAAGCUGUGAAGGACCAUCAUUCCUCUGAUAGGAUGAAAAGAGAACUCAGCUCCAGCUCAGUGUUCCAACCCCAUGAUCCCAUAUGGGGUUCCAACAUUCCCUCUGAACAUAAGCACUGGAGCACAGCGAAUAAAAUGGUACUUUCACUUUUCCCGUGGUUUGGAGUUGGUAAAUCUAUGCUGAUGAUUGAGACAUUGGACUAUAGAAUGAAGACUCUGGUGAACAUGACGAUGGACAUCAACAAAGGACAAAACAAACAAGUGAAAUGCGUUUAAUGGUACUGCAAAACAGAAUGGUUUUGGACAUGUAAACUGCUAGCCAAGGUGGCAUAUGUGUAAUGAUUGGAAUUUCCUGCUGUACGUACAUUUCUGACGCAAAUGAAACUCAUAUUACUGAAGCUAUGUCUGCUUUAGAGAAUCUGAAACAAGCAAUGUCCCAGGAUGUUGUUCCUCUAAGUAUGAACUUUCUCUCCUGGUUCUUUUCAGGACCAUGGUGGCACCUUUUACUAAAAAUAAUGACACCUAUCAUUAUUAUUGUUCUUAUUAUUUUUUGUGUUUUUACUGCUUGUGUAAUCCCAUGCCUAAAGUCUAUGAUUGCUAAAACUAUGGGAAAUGUAAUGUUUCAAUAUCAAAUGCUUUCACAAAUCCCUCUUGAAGAAAUACAACCUGUAGUUUACCUUUUCCCUUGUUAAAUGCUUAACAAAAUGACAGUCUCAUUGAAAAUGCAGAAUGCAAGAAAAGAAUAUUUGAAGUAGGUUAAGUUAAGCUUUCAAUAAAAUGAUUAAAAGGGGGGAAAUGUUAGGAAAAUGUGAAUGUAAUCAUUUUAUUUUUUAUCAAGUU